AUGACGGACGAAAGCUCAGCACGUGUUCACCGGAAUCGAAGGAGAUUGCCUCGGAGACAGCGUCAGCAUGAAUCUUCCAGUAAAGCCAAUCGACAGCUGGUCAAGAGCAAUUCGCCGUCGUCUUCUGGUGGAACCGACCUUCGAAUCUCUUCACACAACACUUUUACUCGAAAUGGAAGAUUUAAUCUACCCGCCCACAUUUGGCCCGAGACUAUCUCUUCUGUGCAUGAGCAAGUCACUCUCGCUGUCUAUGUGCAUAUCAGCGACAGUGUUGCCGGCAGUGCCGGCAGUGCUGUUGGUGCCGGUGGUGCUGUUGGUGCUGGGUGUCUGGUGUUCGGGCUGUGUGCGAAAGCAGUUCUUGCAGACCGUUUUGCGCCAUUGCUGCGGCUCAAAGACGGAGCACUCCUUCUUGCCCCGGCCGGCCAGUCCGCCGGCCUCCGUCGACUGUGGCAGAGAAGAGCGUCGGAACUGACCGCCGGCCUCCAUGCCUCUGUCGCGCCAGAGGCUCCAGAGGCUCCAGAGGCUCCAGAGGCUCCAGAGGCUCCAGGGGCUCCAGGGGCCUAG